GUGACAGUUAACGAACCUAAAAAUUUGUAAUUGUAUAUCAUAAACAACCUUCAGUUUGAUUUUUAACGCAUAUUUUUGUAUAAAGUCUAAAAUUAAUUGCCCAAAUGGAAAAGCAUAACAUAGCCGCUCGACAUGAAGGCAAAGUUCUUCCUACUGUGAUAAACCUAGGAAUAAGUGAAUUGAUUUUGACGCCUCUGAUUUGUGCUUCACUGGUCGGUGAAAUUUUCAAAGGGCUUUUGUACCAAAAGAAUCAAAUACCCUAUCCUUACGGUUGGAUGGAAAGCAUGGUGAUCAAAAAAAGGAAGAAGCCAGAAGUUGACCGAUCAAAAAGGGAAAAUAUGACUGUUUCGAAUCACUAUCGGACUGUUUCGUCAGCGUAUGAUACUAUAGAGGAGAUUGUAAAAGCAUUCAAAGAAGAAUUCUUGAAUAAUGCGGAGCAUAUAAAAGAAGUAGUUAUUAUUUUUGGUACUAUGCCUCAAAGUCCUAAAGAAAUGUUCAGCAUAAGUAUUUCGGACCUAGCUGUUGGGCAUAUAGAACGAAAUCAUAUAGCAUAUAUGAACAAAUAUCAACAAAAGAUCUUGAGGAAUAUAUUUUUAUCACAAGAUUGGAUGGACUCAAUUGAUUCUUCAGUUUCUUGCACCAAUACUUUUGUGUAUUUAAAGAAGAACAGCUCCGGGACUAUAUCAAGCAACAGUGAUACUUUUAUACCAUCUAGACCUUUGACAUUUUCCCAAGGCUUGAAACAUACCAAGAUAAAUAUAAAAUCGGAGUAUAAUUUAGAUAGUAACUGUUGUGAUAAUUUAAUAAUAUAUGGACAAUCUAAGGCAUCACAAACUAUAUCUAGUGAAGCAACAGAAGUGGAUAGUGAAACUUUAUCAGAAACUUGGUACCAGUUCAAAGAUAUGGUGAAAGGUUUUAGAGAUUGUUAUGUUAAUAAAGUUUCUGCAUGUGAGCUAUGGUAAUUCAAAUUCAAGAUUAGAGGAAAUUGUGUGAUGCUAUUGCAAAAAGAUGGCAAAUUGUGAGAUAAUAUACACCAUCACUAAAUGAUGUUCAUUAAAAGGAUUGGCUAAUAAUAUGGAUUAUUCAAUGUAUUACUUUAUUAGCAUUACUUUUCAUUCAAUUCAUGAUACAUUACAAAUCAGUCACCUGAAAUAACAUUUUCUUUCACAGUUAUUGGCAACUUUUAUAAUACUAUUAAUUUUUGAAGUACAUUUACAUUUAUAACUUAUACAUAUCUACAUGAAUUGUUCCAUUAAAAAGCAUUAUGAUUUAUCCUUAUCCUUAUCCAUUCUGCAAUAAAUGAUGUUAAUUUGAGAGGAAAUAUAUAACACAAUGUCUUAUAAUCACAUUAAGUCUAGAAAGGGUAUGCAUAUAUAGAACAAAUGGACUGUCCUUUUUAUUGUUUUUCUUAUAUGCUGAUAGAAAAUAUACUUUUAAUUUGAAUUAAUUUUAUUAAUAAGUUUUUGGAGCCUUCUUAGACAUAAGAUUAUUGAUGAUGUCAGUUUACAAUUACUGUACUACAUAGUGUGAUGACCGAUUUUUGGCAUUUUACUUUUUAUACCUCAAAUUAUCACUAUUUGAUAAAUAAUAAAGAUAAAU